UACCAACUUGAAUAUCUUGACAACCUAAGACCUAAAUAAUGUAUAGGAUUUUCUGACAUAACAUUUCCAAGGUGGUGCCUAUAUUAUUCGUCCUGUUAACGUCCUGUUGUCAUAUCGGGCGACAGCAUUGUCAAGUCCGGCGCCUGCAUCAUCAUGUCUAGGGACCGCCUUGGCGCUAGGUUUCGUCCGUCAGUUCGUCCGAAAACAGUUUUGUGACAAAUCUUUCCUGUUUCAUCCGGUUAAAAGAAUCAUUUUACAUAUUGAUAGCAACAUUUUACACUUAGUGUAAGAUUUGUAGAGUCAAAGCAGUUGUUUAGUUCAUAGGCAAAAUUAACUUAGUAACAUCAAAACAUUACAACAUUAGACGCCGACUUCUAGGCCGAUGCACCUAAAAAUAGUUUUUUUUUUGCUUUUUAGUGUUUUGGGAAGUCGGUUUAAUUUUUUUGUAAAAAAGUUUUUUAUUUAAAGCUUUUCAGUGAUACGAAUAGUUGUCACUAUCCAUACAAGUGAGAAGUUCUCAUCAAUACAAAGAAUAUAAGUCCAAAUACGAGGUAUUUUACAUAUUCAGUUGUGAUUCAAGUGCACUAUAAUAAACUUGUUAGUUGAAGUGCAAUCAAUACAUAUUAUAGCUGAAUCAUGAUUAUAACGCAGGCUUUAUCAGAAUUUCCUGGAUAAUAGUAAUUUUUAAUGACGUACCUAUUUAAAGUUAAUAACCAACUUCAGAGCUGCAAAGUUACUUGCUUAGAAUAUAAUUUAUCAGAAAAAUCGCCCAAUGAUGAGAACUCAUGCCAGAGGGGGAGUGGCCGUCUCGUACGCGUCGUGUUGACGACGAGUUGACGUCGUCUUGUCGUGGCAACACGGCAACGUGGCCGGCGCGGGCGAUGCGGCUGCAGUUGCCCGAUGACCAUAGAUUAUGAGAGCUGAGGGCGUAUUUGAAAUUGGAAUAGAAUUUUAAAUAUUCAAAAAUUGGAAGUAUGUAAAGCUAAAAAUGUGUAUAGGAAACUAUCAGAUAGAACACCAAAGGCAUACUAAAAAAAACAUACUAUCCCUCCUUUUUUUAAAUCUGUAAAAAGUAUAGUUUUUCAUAUCAAAGAGAGCGUUGAAUUUGGACGUCACAAAAAAAUCGGGAACUCAACCUGAGUCACCCAUAAUUGCCUACUUACAAUUGACAAUUGGCAAAAUUUGAGCAAACUGGAUUUAUCUGGACAUUAUGAUUGCACACCAGUUCUGUUAAUCAAAGUCUAGCCCAAAAUAGAAAUAAAUGCUUUUUACCUCAUAAGACUACUGAGCCAUUUUGGUUAUAUAAGUACCUGAAUCUAUCUCCGCUUCUAGAAUAAAAUAAAACAGAGUUCUGACGAAUACUAUGCCGAAAACUGCAUCAAAAAGCCACACUUGACAUAGGGCCGAUUUUUCAAUGGUCAGAUAAAGGGAAAGAUAAGGUUUAUUCCACAGUUAGCGAGAAUCUCAAUUUUUCAAUUGACAGAUAGGCCCUAACGGUCAGGUAAACUCUCUAUCCAGCCGAUAAAUUUAUCUGGCCCUUUACGGGCCAGGUAGCGCGCUAACGGUCAGAUAACUCAGAUAUUUUGUCAUUUCUGCAAUCACGCGCGUUCGUUUUUGUAGGUUAUACUUGUGUUCUUGCUUCCUAAAUUAUAAAAUAAUGGAUAUUUUUGAUUCUAUCGACGACGAAACAAUCGAGGAAGAUGAUAUAGUGCUAAAUUAUUUAGAGUCAGAGAGAAGAGAAAGAGUUAUUAGAGAGAGACCUGAUAAUAUGUCUCUAUGGGAUGAUAAGAAAUUUCAUAGGAGAUUUCGUCUCGAAAAAAGUACUGUGCAAUUUUUAUUAACCCUCAUUGAAAGUAAAAUCGCCAACGUAACAAACAGAAACAAUUCUGUUCCAGCUUUACAACAAUUACUUCUGACUUUGCGGUUCUAUGCGUGUGGUAGUUUCUACAUUACGAUAGGUGAUUUUGCUGGAAUACACAACUCAACUGCGAGCAAAAUUAUAAGAAAAGUUACUGAAGCAAUUGCCUCUCUUCGCCAGGAAUUUGUUACAUUGCCAGCUAACAGAGAAGAAAUAUUAUUAGUACAGGAAGGAUUUUUUAAUAUUGCCCGAUUUCCGAGGGUUAUAGCGGCAUUGGAUUGUACUCACAUCAAGAUAAUUUCACCAGGUGGCAAUACUGCAGAAGACUACAGAAAUCGAAAAGGUUUCUUCUCAUUGAAUGUGCAAGCUAUGUGUACUAGCGACUUAAAAUUUGAAGAUAUAGUAACACGAUGGCCAGGUUCAACACAUGACAGUUUGAUAUUCUCAAACUCUGCAGCAAAGUUUCAGUUUGAUACUAAUAGAUUUCAGAAUGGACUGGUCCUAGGUGACAGUGGUUAUUUCUUAAAUCAUUAUUUACUAACUCCGUUAAGUGAUCCUCGAACAGAAGCCGAAAGACUAUAUAAUGAGUCUCAUAUUCGUACUCGAAAUGUAAUUGAGAGAUGUUUCGGGGUUUGGAAAAGGAGAUUUCCUGUGUUAAGUAUAGGAAUGCGGUGCCGAAUCCCUCUCGCUCAAGACAUUAUUGUAGCAACAGCAAUUUUACAUAAUCUUGCAAGAAUUAGAAAUGAAAGCGAACCACCUGUGGAUCCUGAAGUCCACAUACCACAACAACCACAAUUUGAAACUCUCAUUGCUGACCAGCCAGGACACCAACACAAUAGUACAAGGGACUCUAUGUUAGAAUAUUUUGAAAGUCUAAUCAACUAGUAAUGAUAUAUUAAUAAACACAAUUUUAUAACUACAA